AUGCCUGAAGCUAGCAAGAAUCCAUGGGAAAGUGUAUCAAUUGAUUUUUGCGGCCCGUUUCCCAGUGGUGAGUACUUACUUGUACUGAUUGAUGACUACUCACGAUACCCCAAAGUAGAUAUUAUUAGAACAGUAGCCCAUACAACUGUUAUUCCCUGUCUUGACAAAAUCUUUGCUACUUACGGAAUUCCCAGAACAGUUAAAUCGGACAAUGGCGCCCCAUUUAAUAGUACAGAAUUCAAACAGUUUGCUAAUUAUCUUGGUUUCCAACAUCAGCGUAUAACACCCUAUUGGCCUCAGGCAAACGGAGAAGCCGAACGAUUUAUGAGAACAUUAAAGAAAACAGCUAGAACUGCCAAAGUUGAAGGCAGGUCUUGGAAACAAAACUUGUUUACCUUCCUCAGAAACUACCGAGCUACGCCACAUAGUGUAACCCACCAGGCUCCUGCAACCUUGCUAUUCAAUCGCGCCAUAAAUGUCAAGUUACCCCAGUCACAAACUGUAGCACCAGCUGACCCAAACCAUCAACAAGCACUUGAUGCAUCGUGUAAGUCAAGACAAAAGAACGAGGUCAACUUUGACGAACGAAACAAAGCCAAAUCCUCUGAAUUCAAAGUCGGUGAUGCAGUCCUGCUGACAAACUCAAAGAAAGGUAAAUUGCAGACCCCUUAUGAACAUCAGAAAUACCAAAUUGUUAAGAAGAAAGGAUCAAUGAUUACAGCGUCAAAUGACAAUCGCCAAGUCACUCGGAACUCGUCACAUUUUAAAAAGUUUAAAGAAAAGAAAGGUGAAACAGAUAACCCAGCAGAUAAAGAAAAACAGCCGAGCAAGCAGAACACCAAUGAACGCCCGAAAAGGAAAACAAAACCACCAGCCUACUUUGGCUAUAAACAGUCAGAUAAGUAA